UAAAGAACUGAUUAAGCAAGCAAAAGUUGAUUAAGCAAUAAUGUCGACGAGAAGUAUUUGCGAAUCACCUUCAAGUUCUAAACGUCAACACUGGACAAAGAAGCUUCGUAACAAGAUUCGUAGCAUGUUGUCGAUCCACCAACGUUCCGUACCGCAGCCUCCCCGUCCGGUUCCCACGUCGGCUCCGACGGAGGAACUUCCCAUCAACUUCUUGGAGCCAGAGCGGGCGAUCAACUCCUAUCUCAAUCAGGGCAGCCUCAACCUCCCCCUCCGGUUCCGUACCGCAGCCUCCGCCUCCGGUUCCCACCUCGGCUCCGACGGAGGAACUUCCGAUCAACUUCUUGAAGCCGGAGCGGGUGAUCAACUCCGAUCAGCUCGGCUUAGUAAAAGUAUGUUGGCGAGGUCUUGCAGAUCAUUUUCAACCUGUAAAAGUAUACACCCAGUAAAACAUGGUAAGAGUUUCUCCAUGGACCAAAGUUCCGUACCCCAGCCUCUUCUUCCGGUUCCCAGCUCGGCUCUUCCGGUACCGGAGUCACUUCUGAUCAACUUCUCGGAUAUAGAGCGGGAGAAAAAACCGAUUAGAAGCGGAGCCGGAGGCACGGUCUACAAAGCCGUUCACAAGCCGACCGGCCGGCUCUACGCGGUGAAAGUGAUCUACGGAGACCCUGAGGACUCAGUCCGGAGUCAGAUCUUCGAAGAGUUCCAAGUCCUCCGCAAAGUUGCUAACCCUAACGUCGUCAAGUGCUACGACAUUUUCGAUCACAACAGCGAGAUACAGGUGCUGCUAGAAUUCAUGGACGGAGGUUCGUUAAAGGGCAAGUACAUCCACGACGAGAAAGCUCUCUCCAAUUUGGCUCGGCAGAUCCUCACCGGCUUGGCCUAUCUCCACAGACGGCACGUCGUCCACCGCGAUAUCAAGCCCGCUAAUCUCUUGAUCAACACCCGAAAUGAAGUAAAAAUUGCUGAUUUCGUGGGAAAAGUUUUGGCGCAGACUAUGGACCCUUGUAACUCCUGUGUGGGAAAUAUAGCCUACAUGAGCCCGGAGAGGAUCAACCCUGAUCUCAAUCAGGACAAUUACGACCGCUACGCCGGCGAUAUUUGGAGCUUUGGGGUCAGCAUCUUGGAAAUUUACGUAGGUCGGUACCCCUUCUCUGUGGAUCGUUACCAAAAAGGAUACUGGUUCCGCUUAACUUGGGUAAUAUGUAUGUCUCAGCCUCCUGAAGCUCCUUCUACUGCGUCCAGAGAGUUCAGGCAUUUCAUUGCUUGCUGUUUGCAACGAGAGCCGAAUAAAAGAUUCUCGGCGGCUCAGUUGUUGCAGCACCCAUUCAUCUCUGGCCAUGGCGGUGGACAGACCCAGGUUGAUCAGUAGUACGUCAUGCUUGUUUUACGAUUGUUGAUUCAUUGUUUUAUUUUAUUACUCGUUCAUCGUUUCGAUGAUAUUGAUUUCUUGGAUAAGGAUGAUAAUGAAGAAGCUAGAACUGG